GUCGGACGGCCGCGCGAUGAGCUGAGUGGCAGAAAGUUUCUGAGGGAGACGCUGGUUCCUUUCUGAGGCCGGAUUUGUUGUUGUUUGGUUUUUAAAUGAAGGAUGAGGGAAAAAUGCGACUGAGGCAGCGAUACGUCUCCAUGCUGACUUCAGAUUUCAAGGCCCAUCAGAACAUGUUGAAAGUCAGAAUAUUAAAGCACUGAAGCAAACUGAGGAAAAUGAAUGUUCCUAAAGAACCGCCGGCGGUGAAGCCGCCUGAAACACGGGAGGAUGACGACAUCGGGCCAGAGGAGCCCAAAGCUAAAGACGAGCAGGGAAAGGAUUUCCCUAAAACGACUCAAACAGCAAAACCAGCGUUCAAUCCUCUGACUCUCAUCAAAGAGGACUUCAACCAGUUUAAAGAGGAAAUGAAGAAAAUGUUCAUGGACAAAGACUCGGAUCCCAAACCGAGCCCAUCAGCGGAGAAGAGUAGCGGCCCUCUGACUCUCCUGAAAGAGGAACUCUCCAACGUUUUCAGGUUUGGUCCUUCAAGAGAUCAAGAGACCAAGAACGUUGGAAAGAAGGAAGAUUCCAGGAACUACCCCAGGACAAAAGCCUCAAGAGGAGAGAGACCAGAUGAAACGCUGAAGAGUCUGUUCAGGAGGGAGAAACCUCUCCUGACGACGGCUCAAACAAAUCAGGCUAACAAGAGCAAAGCAGACUUAGAAAUAAAUCCAACAAAACAAAACAAAAAAACUGAAAACACACAGAAAUCUACCGCCCCGAUAAACAGUCUGGAUAAAUCCAGGGUCAGCCAGAUGACUGGUUUUGGUUCGGAGAAGAGAAACGGGAAGACAAAGACUACAAAACCACAAAGUGAGAAGCUGUUUGCAUCAGCAGCAGCUCCUGAUAAAAGUCAAACUAGAAUCUGGGAGAACGAAGAAAAAGAAGAAGAAAAUGAACCUUUAGAAAAGGUUCUGUCCUCUGAAGUCAGUUUAAUCCCUCUAGGAACCAACCUGAGUCAUCAGCCAACAGAAGACUUCUGGUCUCUGAAAAACUCUGCAAUUUAUCUGACCUUUGACCCCAACACGGCCAACUCAGAGCUUCGCUUAACUGAUGGCAACCGAAAGGCAAGUCGAGACUGGUUGACAGAUCGACGUGUGGAGCAUCCGGAGCGAUUCGAGCAAUGCCCCCAGGUUCUGUGCAGAGAGGGGCUGCUGGACCUGGCUUACUGGGAGGUAUCAUGGAGCGGCGGCGCCGACAUCGGCGUUACUUACAACAACAUCUCCAGAGACGGAGACAUGGCGAGCUGCCUGCUGGGUCACAACCAGCGGUCCUGGAGUCUGGAGUGCUCCAACGGGUUCUACACGCCGUGCCACAACAACAAGAGAUUUCAGUCCUGCUCACCUGAACCCUUCAGCAACAGGGUCGGUGUUUACCUCAACUGCCCAGAGGGGACGCUCUCGUUUUUCUGUGUUUCCAAGGACGCGAUGGUUCACCUGCACACCUUCACCUCCACCUUCACAGAGCCGCUGUACCCCGGGUUCUGGGUGUGGGCCAGCGACGGCUCGGUGACUCUGUGUCAGGUGGAGCUGUACUGGGAACGUCUUCUGAAGUGAGACUAACGGUGUGACUGAAGGACUGCUGACGGUUUCCAAACUGUCAGCCUUCUGCUGCGGCUGACAGUUCAACCGACCGUCAAACAUCUUCUCAUGAAGGACACAAUAUGUAUGAACCAAGGAAGUGUUACUUUAGAAAGAUUUCAUGACAAAGACUAAACAAACUCUAUAAAAAUGAAAUAUUUAAGUGUAAUUAAUGAAUUCUGUCACGUUUACAUGGUGCCCUUCUCAUGCAGAUCUUUAUAAAGCCGAGACCUAUUCUUCAAACUUCACAUUUUCAUGUUCAAAAACCUUCCGAAUGAAACUUCAGCCACUGCCCUGUUACCUAGCAACCCCAGCAGAGUUCCACCUGUCACCUAGAAACCCCAGCAGAGUUCCGCCUGUCACCUAGCAACACAAGAGGAGCUCCAGCACGUUUGGUCAGCUGGUUAGAAGCAGCUUAUUUGAAUUUAAAGUGACAAAAAGUCCCAAAACAGCUAAAAUCUCAUAAUACAAGAAUGAUUUUGUGCAGAAAAUGUAAUGAGCAUGUUUGGUAGCGCCCAUAGAUCUAUCCUAACCUGUUCAAAGAAGCAGAGUAGGUCACAUUUAAGGAAGGCCCACCCCUAUGUUUCUGCUUUGUACCCCUUUCUGUGCUGCUUUGUGGUGGUGUGUGUUGGUGUGUGUUG